AUGCCGGAGCGGAGGAACAUUCUGGUCGAGGAUGAGGGGAAGGAUGGCCGGCGGAAACCAGGCCAGCAGCAGGGAUUCUGGUGUUGCACUAAUAAUUACCUGGUUCUUACCAAGAAUCUCCGCCAGAGCCUCCGCCCCGGUCCUUAUGCUCUUCAGUUUUCUCCAUUUUUAAAUAUAGGCAGUUUGCAAGAGGCACAGUUCACGUCUGGUGCGACAGCGUAUUCAUUUUCCCUCUCUUUCGUCUCGUUUGAAAUUUCGGCCACAAUGAAUUCUUUGGAUUUGGCCGGUGACGCGGCUGGAGCCAGCAGCCUGUGGAAGCCCACAGCGGCCGAGCAGAAGGCGUACGGCCACCUGUUUUCGCUUGCGGACGCGGAUCACAAGGGCAUAGUCCAGGGGCAGGCAGCAGUGCCGUUCUUCCAAAAGUCGGGCCUCUCGGAUGCGGUGCUUGGACGUGUAUGGCAGUUUGCAGACACAAAGAGCAAGGGUCAUUUGACGUCAGCCGAAUUCAGCGUCGCGAUGAAGCUCAUUUCCUUGGCACAGGCCAAGAAGCCCGUGGCGCUGGCGAACCUAAAAGAUGAGACGCCCUUGCCAGCCCUGCGCGGAAUCGACAUGCCACACGACGACGAGGACGAUGCGCUGACGCAGUUCACGCACCAACGGCGCAGCUCGGCAGCGUCCAGUGUUGGAUGGGGCAGCAUGAUGGGGCAGAACGAGGCGGCGGUGCCCGACGUUGAGAAGCAGCAGUAUACGCGGAUCUUCAAUGCCAACCAUCCGGUGGACGGCGUCAUCGACGGCAUGACGGCGCGCGGAAUCCUGAUGCGGUCCAAGGUCAGCGUGGAGCAGCUGAGCAAGCUGUGGACGCUGGUGGACCCCAAGGGCGAGGGCAAGAUGCGGCUGCCCGGAUUCAUCGUGGCCAUGUACUAUAUCCGGCGGAUCAUGGAGAACAAGGGCUUUAUGCUACCGGCCACGUGCCCGGCGUCGUUGUGGCAGUCGGCUGGUGGAGACCCGCUGCCGCGGCGGCAGCAGCAGCUUAGCGAUGUCUUUGGCUCGAUGAACUCGUCGACGCCUGAUCUGGGCAAGGCUGUGUGGGACGUGACCAGCGAGGAGAAGGAAAAGCGCGGAUUCCUGGCUGGCGAUGCUGCGGUCAACUUCUUCCUCAAAUCCAAGCUCAGCGAAGCGCUGCUGGCCAAGGUCUGGGACCUGGCAGAUAUCGGCAAGACAGGCAAGCUGAACAAGGACCAGUUUGCUGUGGCUAUGCACUUGAUCAAUGGCAAGCUGGCUGGCCGCGACAUACCCGACACACUGCCUGCAACGCUCGUCCCGCCGUCCAUGCGCAAGGCAUCAGUGGCUAGCCCGAGCCUGCGCAACCUGAGCCCAACCAUGCGGCCCCUGUCGGCAGACCGCCAGCAGCAGGCGCUGGACCCGCUAAGGCGCUCGACGACAAUGAGCGUUGGUCGACAAGCCGCACGCCGGCGCCCCGGUCGCCGUCAACUGACGUCGGAGAUUGCCCAGAUGCAGUCGCAAGUCAGCCAUCUUGAGGAUUUCUCGCGCGGCCUGCAGACCCAGCGCAACACCAUUGCCAGCAAUGUGGCAGCGGCGUCGGCACGCAAACAGGAGCUGGAGAUCAAGAUCUCUGCCCUGCAGUCGUCGCACGAGGCCGAGGCCAAGAUCAACAACGAGCUGGAGGAGAAGCUGCGCAGCGAGGAGGCAAGGUCAACGCACUGCAGGCGAAAGCUGGGCGAGGCAAACAAGACGCUAGCAAUUGUGGUUGCCCAGAAAACGCAGCUGCAGCGCGAUGUGCAGGCCGUGCAGGCGCAGCAGGCUGAGGUGCAGGCGCAGCUAAGGCAGGCGCAGGAGGAGGCUCAGAGGCUCAGUGCCGAGAUCUCGGCGCUUGACCGCGAGAAGAAGCACCUGGAGCAGACACUAGCGGUUGCCCAGAGCCAGGCCAAGCAGCAGCAGGAGGCCAAUGCGGUCGCCCAGCAAAGCCUUGCCGCCGCCAAGAGCGAGCGCCUCGGCACCCGAGAGCCAGCAGCAAUUGAGCAGCCGGUCCCCCGGGACGCGUUGUUGCAGCAAGCAGCAGUACCCAGCUUUGAUGACAUCUUUGGCGCAUCCGAUGUGCACGCCAACUCGCCGGGGCCCGACGCCUUUGGCGAUAUGUUCAAGUCGCCGCCGCCGCAGCCAUUGGGCACUGCUAUCGACGAGCCGUCCAACGCUGCCGAUUCGUUCGAGAACUUUGCCACCUCCGUUGGCUUUGUGCCGACCUCGACUGCCAGCGGGCCAUCGGGCAGCCAGGCUCUGCCGCCAGCACGGUCAAUUGCCGAGACCAGUGCGGCAUUCUCCAGCAGCGAUGCGUUUGAUUCGUUCGGCGCCCAGUCGAUGGAUCCGUUCGAGGAGUUCUUGCAGUCGACUGUGACGUCAGAGCCCGCCGCUGCCAAGUCUGGCUCGCCGCCAAGUGUGCGUUCCGCGUCGUUUGUCACUCCGCAGCCAACAUCUCCUGUAGUGCCUGAGCGGCCAAAGGAAACGGUGCCGCCUGCCAAUGACGACUUUGACGCAAUCUUUGGCGAGAGCCAGGCCGACUUGCCUGCGACAACCAACGGCACUGCCGCCGCCGCCGUCAUUUCACGUGCUGCCUCGGUACCACCCACCAGCACCGCCAUCACACCUGACGUCGUCAGGUCUAACGUGUCGUCGCCAUUCACUGCGGCCACGCCCAAGUCCGCAGGCAAUGCCUUUGAUGUGGACUUUAGCGGAGCCUUCGGCGAGAUGCGCGGGUCGAGCGACAAGGCCAUUGCGCAGGAGCUCGAGUCGUUCAACAACAAGUUCCCGGAUAUUGGCGAUGUUUCGCAAAAGCCCUCGGGGAAGGACAACUUGACGUUUGAGUCGCUGUUUGGUCCGGGCGAGGAGACCGCUGUGCCUGAGAAGACCGCUGGGGAGCCAGCCAAGGCUGCGGCGACUGCGGCGACCGCGGGACUGCAAACGAUCGCCGAGGAGGUCGUGGAUACGAAAAAGCCCGAAGCCGAGAGCAAGCCGAAGGACGACGAUAAGGACUUUGUGCCGCCGCCAGUCGUCAAGCGCACCAACGGUAUGAACUAA